GGGAACUAGAUCUAGAUCUAAAAACAUGGCAGAAAACCCGUGCCCAGCAUUGAAGAAGAUUUCUGAACAAUUGACCUGUCCUGUGUGCUUGGAAGCAUACAAGAAACCCAAAGUACUUGACUGCCAUCAUGUAUUCUGCUGCAAAUGCUUGGAAGGACUUACCAGAAGGGAUGAUUCUGUUGCUUUGAUUUGCCCGACAUGCAGACACGAGACACUAGUUCCAGAACGAUCCAUUGAUGGUUUAAAAUCUGCGUUUCACAUCCAGUCACUGUUUGAUAUUCAAGAGACUCUUCUUGAACAACGAAAACCUUCUACACCAACUAAUUCUCAAUCUUCAACGGGAGAGUAUUGUUCGAAUCAUCCCCAUCGUGUACUGGAGAUGUUUUGUGAUAUGUGUAUGAGGCCAAUUUGUUGUGCUUGUAUAGUCGAUGACCACAAAUCUCAUUCGUUCAGUUUGAUCGCGGAUACCGUUCGAGAGCAAAAACACACGCUGUCUCUUCAAAGUAAAAUGUUAGAGCAACAGCUUCAAGUUAGUCAACGCCUAUUGGAAAAUAUCAGCCUCAAUGUUGAACAAGUGAAACAAAAUCGCACUGCUGUAGAAGAAAAGAUUCAGCGCAAUUUUGAAUUGUUCCACAAAAUUCUUGAUGUGCGACAGCGAGAACUAAACGACAAUCUGUCUAACUUGACCCAGCAUAAACUAGAAGCAUUGGCAGUGAAAACGUCCACUUUGGAAACGGUUGAAGCUAAAGCUAAGGGUAUGCUAGGAUCUGCUAAAGUUAUUCUUGAUUCUGAAAAUGUUACUGACAUCCUUACAGCAAAGAAACGAUUGGCGGAUGUGUUACAACAAACAAGUACGGAGACCAUAGUGCUCUCAAGUGAUCCCGAACUGCUAGUGAAAGCCGAUUUGGGCUUCUUUUAUGGACUAAGUAAUUUCGAAUCCUUGUCUACAGUGGGCGAGUUAUACACGCAAGUGCCUUGUGCACGAAACUCUGUCUUGCAAGUUGUUGAUGAAACCACUUGUGUACAGCUUGGGAAUACCCUGUCAUUGCUACUACACAUCAAAGAUCAACACGGAGCAUGUGUGAAGAGCGAUUUCAAAGAUAUGAAAUGUGAAAUGCUACCUUUUGGAUUGGUAAAUUGCUUUCCUUUUGUUUCAAUGAAUCUUUCAAAGUGCUCUGAUGGAUGUUAUAAAGUUUCCAAUACACCAACUGUAAGAGGGCGUCAUCGAUUGGAGAUUACUAUGAAUGAUGAGCAUGUGGUGGGAAGUCCUUGUCAGAUUACGGUUUGCCCACCUCCUACUGUUUAUAGUGUCCCUUUGCGUUGUGUGAAGAACUUGAACGCACCAUGGGGGGUUGCGAUUAGCUCAAUGGAUCGUGUUAUAAUAACAGAGAACAAAAGCCACAGCCUGCUUGUUUUUGGUCAAGAAGCUGAUAAAAUUGUGCGUUCGGUUGGAAAAAGCAUUUUGAGUGAUAUAUUUCAACAACAGCCUUCAGAUGUUUUUAUUGAUGGUGACGAUCAGUUGUAUAUAAGUGAGCAGCAUACGUUUGCAAUCAAGAAGUGUGAUAUGGAUGGCAAUGUGCUCAAGUCAGUAGGCUCUCCUGGUGACACUUCACUGAGAUUUAUGUCUCCUAUGGGCAUGUGCAUAAACCCACAAAAUGGCAGGUUGUAUGUAGCUGACAUGCAAAACCACCGAAUCCAAGUACUCAACUCAGACUUGACGUUUCACAGCUUCAUCGUUAGCUCUACUGAUGGCAAGCACACUGUUCGACUACCGAGUGAUAUUGCGUUUGAUCAAAGUGGAACUAUGUAUGUGACAGACAAUGAAAGCCAUUGUGUGAAUGUUUACUCUUUUAAUUGUGAGUAUCUUAGGGCUAUCGGAAAGAAGGGAAAAAAGGAAGGGCAACUUGGUCUUCCAUUUGGCAUUUGUCUCGAUGAGAAGGGUCAUAUUUUUGUGACAGAAGUGUUUAAUGAUCGAGUAUCUAUUUUCAAAACGUGUGGUGACUUUGUGAGAUGUUUUGGAUCGCAUGGGACCAACCCAGGACAGUUUAACAGACCGCACAAGGUUACUAUUGACAAAGCUGGAUAUCUGUACGUAACUGAUACUGGGAACAAUCGUUUGCAAGUCUUUUAGUUUUUGCAUUUUUGUUGUUGUGAUUUGAAUGCACAUUAAUAGUUUCUAUUGAACAUUACAGGAUAUGUGUGUCAAAUUUUUUUG